GGCUUUUCACUCACGCAUAGCUUUUCCCGUUCUCCCUGGAAAACCCUAGCCUCCAUUGCGCCGCCGUUGGUCUCACCGUCGCCGCCUGGUUCGUCGUGCUCGAAGGCCCUCCCGUUCGCCCAACGCCAGCGUCUCCAGGUUUUGCUCCAACGUCGUCCGUCCGUCGCGUUCGCCGCCAGCUCCCCGUCGUCCGUCUCCAGUUCACCAGUGUUCGUUGGCAGCUUCCCGUCGUCCGUCGCUCUCCCUCAAAUCUAUGGUCGCUGCCCUCGCCGAAGGAAAUAGUUGGAGGUAUAUAAGAAUUAAGAAGGCAGACUAUCCCAACGUUGAAUUACAGUUGAACCAGUUGGACCAAUGAACCAGUAACUAGAGCGGUUUGAUGACUGGUUCGGUUUUCAGAACCUUGAUUAAAACACAGCAGAGGCAGUGCUGAAAGCCUCAACCUUCUCUGUUGCCGCCUCUCGCUGGCCCACGUCUCAUCGCUGCGCUGCUCAAGUCUUCCUCUGCAUCACCGCUCUCCUCGUGUCUUCCGCUGUGCCUCGCUGUGUCUUGGUUCUCUGUCUCCCUCUUCUCUGCGUCUGGCCAAGCUGCAAUGGUUACUUUUUGCUGAUUCUGACCCUCUCUGCCUCGUGCUUCCUCUGGCUUUGGUUCUGUGAUCGGAAUACUGUGACAUUUUAUUGGAACACUGAGGCUUUUGUUCUGCUUCUGAACUUCGCAGAGGAUCGGGUCAACCGGUUUAAGCUGUGAAGUGACCUAGUAGUCUGACUGGUUCAAUCAUCGAUUCAGUUCUGACAAGUAUGUCUGUGACUUAGCAAAGCCAAAAUGCUCUCCAAACUACGAUUCCUGAACCACUUCGUCCACAAGAAUCUUUCUACACGAACCACCGCUUUCAGUGGCUUCUACCGCUUCUCCAACAGCGGCGCUUUCUGCACCGUGGCUGAUUCAACCACACAGCCAACCCCCGAGUCGUACGAACUCCCUGAUUGGGUCAAAUUCUCUGACAACCCAACCUCUCCCAAUGGCGACUAUGACGAAGACUUUGUUAUCCCUUCACUUGCUCCUUGGGUCGACGGCCACCUCCUUCAUCCCACUCCCAAAUUUGUCAUCACCCCAACUUCCCAGCCAAACAACCUUGAAGAGGUCGAAGCAAUCACCACCCUUCUAAAGGAAAAGCACCCAUCUCCUGAGAAAGUUGCUGAAGCACUUGCUCAACUGAGUGGUUUUAAGGUUUCAAAAGGUUUGGUUGAACAGAUUCUGAAGAGAUUCAGUAAUGAUUGGGUCUCGGCUUUUGGGUUUUUCUUAUGGGCUAAAGUUCAAACAGGUUAUGAGCAUUCUCCUCAACUAUACAAUUUCAUGGUCGAUAUCCUGGCAAAGUCAAAGAAUUUCGAUCUCAUGUGGGAGUUAGUGGAGGAAAUGGCUCAUCUUCAACAAGGGUAUGUUACCUCGGACACAUUGGUUAAGGUUAUGAGGAGGCUUGCAAAGGCUGGCAAGCAUGAAUAUGCCAUUGAAGUGUUUCGCAGAAUGGGGAAGUUUGGUGUCAAACAGGACACAGCAAUGUUGAAUGCUCUCAUGGACGCAUUGGUGAAAGGGAAUAGUGUUGAGCAUGCCCAUGAUGCUCUUUUGGAGUUCAAGGGUUCGGUUCCCUUGAAUUCCCAUUCUUUCAAUGUUUUGAUACAUGGGUGGUGCAAAGUUAGGAAAUUUGAAUGGGCCAAGAAAGCAAUGGAGGACAUGAAGGAACAUGGGUUUCACCCCGAUGCGUUCUCAUACACUACUUUCGUCGAAUCAUAUUGCCGCGAGAAGGAUUUUCGCAAAGUGGACCGAGUUAUGGAGGAGAUGAGGAAAAAUGGUUGCACCCCUAAUGCUGUGACUUACACAAUUGUGAUGCUUGCUCUUGGGAAGGCAGGGCAGCUCAAAGAAGCUUUGGAGUUGUAUGAGAAGAUGAAGGUUGAUGGGGGUGUGCCUGACACUGCAUUUUAUAGCUCCUUGAUAUUCAUUCUUGGCAAAGCUGGUAGGAUUAAAGAUGCUCGUGAUGUGUUUGAGGAUAUGCCAAAGCAAGGUGUUGUGAGGGAUGUGAUGACUUACAAUACUAUGAUUAGUAUUGCUUGUACUCACCAGAGGGAAGAGACUGCCCUGAGGUUGCUCAAGGAGAUGGAAGAUAGCACAUGUAAGCCUGACCUUGAGACAUAUCAUCCAUUGUUGAAGAUGUGCUGCAGGAAGAAGAGGAUGAAGGUGCUCAGGUUUCUGUUGGAUCACAUGUUGAGAAAUGAUUUAAGCCCUGAAGUGGGAACUUACACGCUUUUGGUGCAUGGUAUGUGUAGAAGCGGAAAGCUUGAGAGCGCUUGCUCAUUCUUUGAGGAGAUGGUGUUGCAGGGAUUAACCCCACAGGAAGUCACGCGGAAGCUCCUGCUGGGAGAACUCGAGUCCAAGAACAUGAUCAAAGAGAAACAACACAUCGAGGAUUUGAUGGCACGGGUCCAACGCAAUAAUCUCGUUACUAGUUAGUGGUGUUUUCGGAAGCAGGAUUCAGUUCCAAGAAAGCAAAUUUUCCCUCCCAUGAGAAAAAGGAACCUACAUAUUCUGAAAAUGAUACCAGUAACAGUGGUUCCUAUCCUUUGCAAAGUUGGAUUCAUUAAUUUUGUAUGCUAUAAACACCUAUUUUGUAAUUUUAAGGCAAGUGCGUUUUAUAAUACUCAUGGUAUAAAAUUCCAUUAAAGCUCUAGCGGACAGUGGAAGGAAAUCACCCAGAGAGGGGAGGAAAAAAGAAAAGAAAAUCUCCACGAUUGACAAGCA